CACUUGUAGUAUUUUGAGUACUAGAUAUUGAAGCGCUCGAGUGACUUUGAAGUAACAUACAUCCAAGUUGUGGCGCGAGUUUUUGAUCUGUUAGCUCCAGCUGACAGUGCUAGUAGUGUCUUGUCAAAUUUUGACAUGAAAACAAUUGUGAUGGGUUCCUGACGCACGAGGAAUGGCAUAAAGCCACAGCAAGGAAGAAAAGAUCAUCAAUUCGUGCAAUGUCCUCUCCCAAAGUCUGGUUCAUAACGGGGACGUCCUCAGGAUUUGGAAGACUCAUGACAGAGUAUGCCCUCGACAAAGGAGACAUCGUAGUAGCAACCCUCCGCAAACCACAAGUCCUAUCCGAUCUUGCAGCCCGAUACCCAGUAGACAAGCUCCUCAUACUCAAAGUCGACGUCGCAAAGCAGGAAGACAUCGAUGAAGCAUUCGCACGUACGCGUUCAGCGUUCGGACGGCUGGACGUAGUGUUCAACAAUGCCGGAUAUUCAAUUGUCACAGAAAUCGAAGGCACGCCCGUUCAUAAAGCGCGCGGGCUUUUCGAGACAAAUUUUUGGGGCGCGACGAACGUUAGUCGUGCUGCAGUGAAGUUUUUUAGAGAGGUGAAUGAACGGGGCAAGGGGGGGACCAUUCUUCAAAUCAGUUGGAUUGGAGGGUUUCAUGCGCGUCCUGGAAUUGGUUACUAUGCUGCGACUAAACAUGCACUAGAAGGCUUCACGGACAGCCUCACAAGAGAGUUACCGCCUUCAUGGAACAUAAAGAUCUGCAUCAUCGAACCUGGCUUGUUCCACACAGACAUGGUGAACAAGGCAGAGGUAUUACCACAGCAUCCAGCAUAUACCGAUGAGUCCUUUGAGACUUCAGUAAUGCGUCGCAAGCUGAUCGGCGCAGUGUUCGAAGGAGAUGCGUAUAAAUUCACGCGGACCGUUUAUGAGGUUGUACAAGGAGGAAAUAUACCAAAGCGGUUGCCGAUGGGGUUGGAUGCGAUCGAGUUGUUGAAUGGCAAGAUCGAGUUAUUGAAGGCGACUGUGGCUGAGACGAAAGGGUUGUCUGUGGAUUUGAAGAGAGAUGGUGGGGGAAUUGGACUUAUGUGAGAUGCAUCCGAGUUGUGCUGUGCAUUGUAAUAUAGAGUCCAUGGAUCAUCAGUGUUUGACUUCGUCCGCAGGAGGUCCUCAAAGGAGGCCAAGUUCAAGCUUGAAGGCUUGAAAUUUGACCGUUAAGAAUAUUGAACGAGAAAAUGCAGACUCCCGAUAGGUCGGAUCCAUUGAGCGCCGGGUGAGUUAGUUUUGUCAGACAGGAGUCAAAUUUGAAGGUGUACAACUCUUUUAAACCGUGUAUGAUCGCAUCCUGGAUCGUCUUCGUGAUCCGAGAACUGAAUUGAUAUGGGGUCAUGAUGCAAGGUUUCGCAUCACUCAAGACCUGAGUGGGAUCGCGUGUAUCUGGCUCGCAAAGCUCGCCCUCCAGUAGGACAUUCUCGUCAUAUGCGUCGAUGUCGAUCUUUC